AUGGAGGAAGGUGAGCGGAAAUACGGGGUUAGCCCUGCAGAUGGACGCGUUCUUAGUUGUGGUCGCAUUGAAGCUGGACAUCUGGAACAGGUAAAAGGAUUGUUUUACACUCUACGUGGACUCCUUGGACCAAACACUUGGACUGAGUUAGAGAAGAUUAGCAACGGAGGGACAUCGUUGAACUCAAAUCUCACAUCCGGAUUGCAUCCAGUGCGAUCAGCCGUUGAUUUGACAGUGCAACAUCGGAUUUGUGUAACUGGACGUGGAUUGGACUACCUACCAGUAUACCCAUCGACCAAUGUUCAGGUGAACAAAACCUCUACACCGGUCUUGGGUAGAACUCGUCAAACAGCUCGAUCCUCAUGCGCGGCAUCCAGGAGUCUUCGACUGGAGGAUUAUUUGUACGCGCAAAGUUUACUACUCGGUCCCAGUGGGUCACAAUUUCCAUGUGACGGAUCAUCUUCUUGCUUAGAGUCAAACUCGCCCGUUUGGGAGGAUGAUCAGAUCACAGACCUGUAUCAUUUGCUGGUCUAUCUAGCACCCGGAGAUUAUCAUCGUUUUCAUUCCCCCACGGAUUGGUCAAUUCAAAUGCGGCGGCAUUUUCCGGGGAAACUUUAUUCCGUCGCACCACCGUUUGUCCGUCAACUCGAUCGACUUUACUGUACCAAUGAACGUGUGAUUUAUGUGGGUCGAUGGCGAUACGGUUUCUUCGCCUACGUGGCUGUCGGUGCCACGAAUGUGGGCAGCAUCAGUGUGUACAAAGAUCCGGAUCUAGUGACCAAUAUGCCUAUUCGCCCCAAACAACUGGCCCGAAUUUGGCCAAUGAUACAACGUGGUCCGGAUGCGGAGACAACACGCACAGAUCGCGGAUCCGAGGCGGAUUUUCGUGAUUUGCAUUUUACCGAACAAAUUGCACAAACAAAAGGCGAACUAUUCGGGCAAUUCAAUUUUGGAUCGACUACCCCCCCCCAAGGUGUUUUGACCAUUUUCAUCUCCGGGAACAAUUUUCUGUUCAUCCGAAAUUGA